AAAUGGCUAUAUAUUGUCUACUUUCAUUGUUAGCUUCAUUACACACAUUCAACUAUCUCCAUUGUUAGCUUCAUUAUGGCAGGUGGUGAAGAUUAUGUGGUUUUACAACUUUAUUGGGGUAUUGCAGUUAAUCAAACCCCAUUUGAGCUUCAAUACACACUACCACCCUCACAUGGCAUUUGCAUACAUCGCCAAUCUUCUUUAUCAGACAUUGUAAAUGUCAUCCGGAGUUCAAUGGACGAAUGGCAAUCGUCAUUGGUCUUAACAGGGAGGUUGCCCGUAUCCACGGAUAAUACAACAUUCACAGUUAUACUGUUUCCUAUAGUAAGUGAUGAGUCUUGGCAAUAUUUUGUUAACCACUCUUCACGCUUUGGGGAACUACAUAUAUAUGUGAUAACCGCACAACCACAAUCAACAAAUACGGGGUUCAUGGGGCUACAGUCAGAAAUAAUGCAACACGUUGACUCACCAGAUGGUGAAAAUGUGCCCCACGACAUUAGAACGGAAGGACAACAAAUAUACACAGACUACUCGAGGUAUAUCGAAAUGCCUGAACAGUCGAGUCGUAGUAUCGAUUCUGAAAGCGAAGAGGAAGAUGCUCCAAGUACAGCGAGUUCUGAACGUGAAAUUCAGCCUAUGCAUUUCAAUUUUGAACAAAUUCAUGAAAUGCAUGAUGACCAACCACAACGGAGAGGCAAGAAACCAAUGCGAGAUGCAGACAUUAGCUAUUAUCAUACUGGUUUUUCCUUUGGCCAAGGCUACUACGAGCAUGAAGAAUUUACUCCUCGGUAUAGCCCAACUAAAAAUAUUUUAGAAGUUGGGAUGAUAUUCGAUGACUAUGAUGAGUUGUUAAAAGCAGUGACCUUAGUCAAUAUGAGUCAAAGGAAACAAUUUAAAUCUCAGUCCAAGAGGUUCAAUUAUUGGAAGGCCAAAUGUCUGUACUCAAAUGGUGGUGGCCAAAAAUGUUUUUGGUCGUUAUCUGCCAGCCAAAUGAAGGGAGCACGAGGGGAAUGGGUUAUUAAAAAGUAUUGUAGUAAACACACAUGCCGGAUUGAUUACAAUCAAGGUGGUCAAGAUUUCAACUGCACCAGUACAUUAAUAGGUGACCUGGUUAAAGACUAAUUGACAAUUGAUCCCGGGUACAAAAUCAAGCACAUCAUACUAGAUGUUAAACAGAGG